AUGGCCCCACUCUCCUCCAGCAAGUUCUCCACUCACGUACUCUGCCUCCUGAUCGCGAUUCAGUGGUGCUCAGCUGCCUCUGUGGAGGCAGCGAAUGUGGCCAACGACGUUGGAGUGGGGAGGAUGAAUGGAGCACCUGGGUUCACCAGCAAGCUGAGGAAAGCAGAGUCUGAUGUUGAGUCAGUGGUGAGCGAGACGAACGAGAAGGAGGCUGAUCCCCAAGUGGUCGUGAGGAGGGCAGAGUUCCUGUCCUCGGUGUCGGAGGACGUGGACUUGAGCUCGGCCAACCUGCCGGUCUUCUUCUCCAUCAGUGAGGGCGUGGAUGAAGUGGAGGACGUGACUGUGGUUGGGUCCUGGAGCAAGUGGUUGGAGCACUUCAAGCUGAGCAAGCACGAGAACGAGUUCAACGGCGUUAUCCCCAUCCCCCCCGGCAAGUAUCACUUCAAGUUCAUCCUCGAUGGAGAGUGGACGACGAGCAACCAGUGGGAGGUGGAGAAGGACAAGGACGGGAAUCUCAACAACGUCAUCACAGUGACCAAGGAGCUGGUGCAGGAGAGUGAAGCCAAGAGAGCGGCGGCGGCUGACAAGCAUCAAACUCGCUCGGUGGAGAGGAAGGACAUGCCUACGGAGGUCAAGGGGAGCCAGGGCAAGCCCCUGUGGAAGCAAGUCAUGAAGCUAGUCUUCCUGCCGUUCAAGGGUCUCUUCCGCAUUCUCCUCACCCCCCUCCUCAUCCUUCAAGGGCUUCUGUUUGGCAGGGAUUGA